CAACAAAUACAACAGCAGCAACAACAGCAUCAAAUGCAGCCAAACCUUCACCCACCUAACGUACAGCGUCAGACAUCCAUACCCCAGAGUAGCCUACCGCAGGGUACAAGUAUGCCCCCGGGGACAAUCCUUCAAGCACAAGGGGCUGUACAACAAGGGGCAUUAUCCCAUACACCACAAGGAACUAUACAUGUACAAGGAUCUAUACCAUCAACUGGAGCUAUUGCAAUGAAUGCAAGUCAUGCAGCCUUGUUAGAUAACACGAUCCGCCCACCUAUGGGUCAAACUGUACAAGUGAUUCAACAGCCUAUGGCAGUAAGUUCAACUGCGUAUCUACAGCAACUCUAUAACCAGCAGAUCAUGCUACAGAAUGCAAUGGCAGCCAUGCAGGGGUUAAACCAUCAGCAAUUGGGUAUGAGCCCACGUAGUCCUGGGAUGAUGUCUCCCAUACCACAAUCUCCAACCACUGUUCAAAUGUCUGCCAAAUCUCCAAAUGGAGGGCCACCAGCAGGUUCUCCAGGAUCAGCCACUGCCAGUCCUACAAAGUCCAAUAACACAAAAUCUCCAAAUGGAAGCCAACCUACACAUAUCCAGCCUCAAGUGAUGCUAGCUCAUCCAGGUAUGCCUGCCAAUAUGAUGGGGAAAGCAAUGAUACAACGUCAAGGAAGUCAGCCUCACAAUAUGGCUCAACAGUCACAGCCUUUCUUCAUACAACAACUUGGUACUAUGAUAGGUGUACAGACCUCUGUGCCACCAGGCUCAAUGUCAGCCAAUCAGAACAAUGGAUCAAAUGCCAUCAGAAGCCAAGCAAGCUCCACUCAGAAUCAAAUUCUCAGUCCUGGCCAGAUCAGACUUUCUAACCCUGCACAGCUGGUGACGCAGCCUAACCAGCCAACAAUGAUCACUAGCCCCACAGUGUUAAAUCAAUUACAAGCAAUGGCGCAGUUUGGUCAGAAUAUCCCCAUAGCACCACAGCAGUUGAUUGGCACCCAGUCCCCAACUAUUCUAACCAACGCACCAAUGUUUAUCCGUGCAGCAGGCCCCAUGCAGACUCACCAUGCGUGCAUGGUCCAAAAUAUGCCCAAUCAGGCCACUAAAGGAGCCAAAGUGGCAGUUGAGCAGGGAGUCAGGCCAACUAAUCCAGCCACUGUGGGCAAAGUCACAGGAUCUGGUGCCAAAUCCACUGGAUCCCUCAGCUCCAGUAAUAAAAGCAUAUCUGCGCUGCUGGCCUCUGCUAACAAGGCAGGCAACAACAAUAAAGUCACUACAACUACACAGGUUGUCAACUCCCCUCAGGCAGCUAUAACUAAACCCCAGACCCCUCCAGCUGGCACCCCUGGGACCAAACCACGUACAACUGCACAGCAUAUUUUGCCUAAACAAGUGCAGAAGGUACGUGGACGCCAAAUGGCCAAACCAAGUGUUGCAACAGCAACUGUAACUGGGACUAAACUAACACAAGCUGUGACUACAAAACCUAGUACAAUGUCAAGUAAGACCACAACUACAGCCUCAAAACCACAGAGUGUGAAACCUUCUACAAAUGGUUCAAAACCUACUACAGUCGGUUCAAAAUCUACAAGUAGUCCAAAACUUAGCACAAGUGGAACAAAAUCAACUCCAACUGGUUCAAAACCUACAAUGAGUGGUCCAAAACCUUCACCAAGUGGUACAAAACCUACAACAAUUGGCACGAAACCAUCUACAGGCAGUAAGCCAGUAAUGGGAGGAUCCAAAAUCAGACAAACUAGCCCAAAGGGGUCUACUCAAAGUAAACCUCCGACAAACAUUACUUCACCACUGUCUACACCAGUCACUUCAAAAAAGACUAUUUCACAUAUUAAACCUGCAACAUCUUCUGAUGCAUCAUCAGACUCUGGUUCAAAACCAGAUGGCGCCAGUAGCUCUGAAUCAUUAUCGUCUUCUGACAAUAAACAGCAUCAGGGAGGAGAUAAAUCUCAAAGUAAAAAAACAUUGAUUAAUAGUAAUAAAGAUGUGAAAUUAAAUGGUAAUGAUAAGAUAAACGAUGAAGUAAAAACGAAUGGAGAUAUUUCAGUGAAUGGACAUUCAGAGUCAUCUGGUGAUAAAGAAGAGAAUAUGGAAGUUGAUAAUGAUAUAAUUCCAUCUCCAACAGCCUCACCAACUGAAGACAAGGUUGUCAGUCUGACGAAUGUCUCAACCUCAGGUCCACCUACUGCCAUUGUUCAAGGGGAGCGCCAGAAAGCCAUAGUCAAACCGCAGGUGCUAACACAUGUAAUAGAGGGCUUUGUUAUACAAGAAGGACCCGAUCCUUUUCCACCUCCUCAGAAGCCAUUCAGUGAGAAGAGCAAAUCAGAUGGAGGUCCUCCCAGUAAGAUAGCCAGGGAGGAACCAGUCCUUUCUGCCAGAGCAACAGCAAUAUUACAUAGGCUCUCAGCCCACCAUAGAAAUAGGAAUCGUAGUGAUGGCCCUACUUUGAAGUGUGAGUUCUGUGGCCGCGUCAUGAUGGCAAAGUUGUUUAAGAGGUCGAAGAGGUUCUGCACCACUGCCUGUGCUAAACGCUACAAUGUGGGCUGUUCUCGACGCAUGGGACUCUUCCAGCCUGAUCAAGAAAUUAAGCGGCGACGAGGUCGACCCCCAAAGUUAUGGGGCCUAAGUCGCCUGACUGUGAAGCGAGUAAAAAAGCCGAGGGGUUCCAAAAGCCCUAUCUCUGGGAAAAUUGAUGGGAAGACAGACCCAAAUCAGAGCAAUGUGGACACUGCUAACCUUGAAAAGAAGGCAGUGGAUGCAGAAAGAGAUGCCAGUAGCAGCAGUGGUGAACAGGAGACUGAAUCAACCACAUCUGAAACAACAGAGACCAGUGGCAUUACAGAGCAAGGACAUCAGGAGGACCACGAUGAGAGCUCCAACUCACCUGCAGAAUCUGACCCUGCAGUUGAUGUUGACAUGAUGGAUGAUGAAGACAGACCUCCAGCCGAUGCUGAGCCAACACGAGACACAAACAGAGAGAAUAUGCCACAGCCAACUAGGUGGACGGUCCGUGAAGUUUAUGAAUUCAUCCACUCUCUCCCAGGUUGUGAAACAUACGCUGAUGAGUUCCGUUCUCAAGAGAUAGAUGGCCAAGCUCUGCUUUUACUCAAGGAAGACCACCUUAUGACAACCAUGAACAUAAAACUUGGCCCUGCUUUGAAAAUAUGUGCAAAAAUUAAUGCUUUGAAAGAUGAUUGAUCUUAGUGUGUAAUACAGGGUUUCCAUAAAGUCUCUUUACACCUUACAUAGACUGCAUUGUUAAUGUAAAGCGACUUCAUGGACACCCUGUAUAUAUGCUGUAUAAACAUAUAUGACUGUACAGGGUGUUUUAAUGUAUAACAUUGUCAUCCAAUUAAUGUUCAGUGUCUAGACAUCAUUUAAUAUAUGUAUUAAGAUUUACAUAGAACAAUGGCACAGAAUGAAAGAUUAUACUGAAUAUUUGAGAUAUACACAAUUUAGUUUUAUAACAUUAUCAAGAUACAGGCUCAUAUUUAAGUCAUAUUUAAAAGAACAAUAUCAGGCAUUUAUUUGAACAUGUUCUUUCUGUUUUAUUAAGAGGCCAUUCGAUUGAAUCGAUAAAUUGACAGAUAUUAUGUUGAUGGUGUUAUGUAUUAAAAGGUGCUAUGCUAAUUUAUUUAUGAACUGUAUUAAGACAAAAGCAUUAACCAAACGUAUAUAUUUGCUAGUUGAUGUACUAGUUUUAUUAAAUACACAGUGUCUGUCUAUUAUAUCUUAGUUUAUGCAUGACGAAUUACAAAUAUGUUAUAAAUAUAUUAUACAACUUGGUUGUAACUAGAAUCCUCAUUUGAAUCCAAACAAUGUGUUCAUCAACAUCUCAAGAAAUAUUAUCAUAUAACAUAUUGAAAAAUAAAUAGCUAUAAAUGUAAAAAUAUGAUUUCACUUGAAUAAGCUGUGAAUCUUAGAAUUUUCUAGAAUUUACAGGGUGUCCAUGAAG